AUGGCAGACACGCUGGAAGAGAACUAUUUCCUGGACGACAACGAGGCAGGGUCCGUGGUCGGCUCGGACGACGGAGCUGUCAGCAUCCAAGAUGAGCCAGAGCACUCCAAUGAAGAGCAAAGCGGUGAGCCAUCGGCACCAAGACAAAGUGCUCAAGAUAUCAAGGACGAAGCAGCUCGAAAGGCGGACAAGAAUCGCAAACGCAAGGAGAAGGAGAAGGCACGCAAGCAGAAGAGAGCGGCCCAAUCCGCCGACUUCGCGCAAGGAGUAGGAUCCGUAGCAACGCAGCCACCAGACAUGCAGGCCGACUAUCUCGCAACCAAGCAGAGCGUCUCGUUCGCCAAGUUGAGUGAGCUCGAGCUCGAAGAGCUGCGUCUGCGCGAAUCGAUGCUUCUGGAUACGACCGCCUUCGACAAGCCUCGUACGGUGGACACGCUGGCCGACUUUGUGCGCGCAUGUAUGCCCUCAAUAGCCAAAAGCGUCACCAACGCCAAAGAUGCAAGCGUCAGCCAGCCAGGGCGGCCUGCGCUCGUCAUUCUGACGGGCAAUGCACUGCGUGCGGCUGAGCUCGCGCGCGGCUUGCGUCCUCUCGGACCACAGCUCCCGACUUCGGCAGAAGCUUCCAGUAAUGAUGAUGGAUCGGCGGGUCCUGCAAAGAGACGCAAGGUGGAUAAGGACGGUUCAAAGGGCCAAAGUAAGGAGGGCAAGAAGGGAGAAGCGAAGGAGAGCAGCAGUAGCAGCAGCUACAAGGCGCUGCUGGGUGGGUUCUCGGUUGCAAAGCUCUUUGCCCGUCACUUCAAGCUCAAGGAGCACGAGGCGUGGCUGCGCGAGCAGACGACGCCGCUUGCAGCUGGCACACCACAGCGAGUGGCAGCGCUGAUUGCAUCGGGAAGCCUGCACCUCGACUCGCUCCAGGCGCUCGUCAUUGACCAGACCUGGGUGGACGCCAAGCAGCGCAGCGUGUUCGACAGCUUCGAGACGCGAGACGAGCUGAUGAAACUGCUCGCCCUCGAUGCAGUCAUGGGCUCGUUCAAGCGGUCUAAGGCGCCGGCCAAGCUGGUGCUCUUCUGA